UUGCUGCCUUGAACCAAUGACUUAAACUGAAAGUCUGCAUACCAGGUAGUCAAGGAGCAGCUCAAUUAAAUGUUCAAAUCCUUGCACUAUCUUACCACCUUAUCAGAGUCAGAGGUGCUGAAUAGGUGUGUAGUUAGCUGAAGAGUGUGAAACUUUGUCUGGCCAACAUGAGUGGGAGAAGGGCCAGCAUUCAGCCUCCAGACCUCAAGUCUUUGGGUCAGGUAGCUCAUGGAGGCAGGUUACUACUGUUCAUCAGCAAGAAGAGUGCCACUUCAAGGCUAGCAUGGUUAUACCUGCUACAGAACAAAUUGAAUUUUGAUCUGAUCAAUGUGGAUGAGUCAGGUGAGCAUCUGCGUCAGCUGCAGUUGGCCAACCCUCAUGAGACAGUGCCAUGUUUGGUGGAUGGUGACACAGUGGUCUAUGAAUGGUGAG